UAAAUGUGUUUAAUACACGAAUAACUAUGAAACUGCCUAAUUCCACCACAACAAAGUUCCGGUCGAGUGCAAGUUCUUACGAUUGACCGCAAACUACAACCCACCUACCCCACCGUUCUCCAAGUUCUGCAAUGUGAAAAUAAACGUAAAGUAGGGAUUAGAAAGGAAAAUGUGCGAAAAAUCAUACGAUCGGCUGCGCAUUAUCAGUAUAGCCAACAUGAUUAGUACAAAUCAUCAGGCUAGCCAAUGUAUCAUUCAAUGUGGCAAACCCGUGAUAGAUAAUGCUGCAAUGACACACUUGCCUGCUUGUAGUAUUAACAUUCAAGAAAAUGAUCCAGAGUGUGACAAGAAAGGCUGUGGUUGCACACAAAAGACGAACUCACGUUUCUUCUCACAGGAUAGUGCAGUGUAUGACUGGAGAGAAUUUGUUUGUGGUUGGGGAGCAGCUUUUAUUAAUAUUUCAAUCACUUUCCCAAUCAACAAGCUAAUAUUCCGACAGAUGCUGCAUGGAAUCGGUGUUGGUAAUGCUGCUGGCCAACUAUCGAGUGAAGGUUUCCAUUAUCUGUAUCGUGGGAUUCUGCCUCCAUUGUGUCAGAAAACAGUUUCAUUGUCUAUUAUGUUCGGUGUAUAUGAGGAAUGCAGGAGACCACUAGAAAAUGCAGAUGUACAUCAUUACUUGUCCAAAGUCAUUGCAUCAAUGGUUGCUGGUACUGUCGAAGCUACAUUAAUGCCAUUUGAGCGAGUGCAGACGUUGCUUCAACACCAGCAUUAUCACACACAUUUCCGUAAUACAUUUCAUGCUCUGAAGGAAAUAGGUGUUAAUUAUGGGUUUAAGGAAUAUUACCGUGGACUGACACCUAUUCUUUUACGAAAUGGACCUUCAAAUGUUUUUUUCUUUUUCCUACGAGAUGAAGCAAAUUAUUAUCUUCCACAACAUGAUUCAUGGUGGGGACAGGCAUCACAGCAGUUUCUAAGUGGUGCUUUAAUUGGAGCUUUCAUAAGUACAGUAUUUUAUCCUCUAAAUGUUGUCAAGGUACAUUUGCAAAGCACCCUUGGUGGGAAAUUUCAGAAUUUCACGUCGGUGUUGGUUGAUCUGUACAAAGCAAGAGGUUUCAGGAAUAUGUACAGAGGUGUACAUAUGAAUUACACAAGAUCGUUUAUAAGUUGGGGUGUUAUAAAUGCAGCUUACGAAUUCCUCAAGAAAUAUGUGUUUUAAUUCACAAUGCCAUGU